ACGUGUCCAUCGCGCCACUCGCCGCCGCCGCGGCCGCCUCCCGCAGCCGCUUCGUCAACGACGCCGCGUCGCAGCGCAAGUAGCAGUCAGCACGCGUUGCCGUCUGCACAGCGCCUCGUCGCAGGCCCCACUACUGAAGCGCCCCUGGCGGCCGGCGACACCGCAGAUGGCGACAUCAAGACAGUCACUCGAGCUCAGGACCCCGCGGGACGGCCGUCUUUGCGCUCGAAAUUGGCGUUGACUGACGAGAUGUUGCUGUCACGACCACCCACAGCUACUAAAUUGAAGAAAGCUGCCACAUCGAUGACCCUAAUGAAAGGGGAGCCUGGAACCAAACCACGCCCUCCGAAGCGCGAGAACACGUUCUCGCUAUCCUCCGCACAUUCAACAGCACGUCCGUAGCCGUGCGCCUCAGUGCAGAUUCGCGAAAGACGGGGCUUCAUCUAGUGAUGGGGUAGAAGUCGCGGGUAAACGUAAAGUAAAUUGCUUCCCACGCCAAGUGGUUCCCACUACCUCCUUUUGCUCCUCUACCUUCAAGAAAAAAGUAAUAACAUCGAACGAAAAAUCCCUACCGUAAAUUCCAUUAAGUCUCUAGUAACAAUUAACUGUGUCAUUGAGGUGCUAAUCAAGAUUUUCUAUGAAAAGUUAGCAUUAGUAAUUAUUUUUGUUUAUUUAUUAUGGACUGUGAACUGUAUCUAUUUCUUUGAAUAAAUGAUUUCAGUGGGUUAUUACAAGGAGCGGCGAAAUUAUUUCAUCAUUAUCUAAAGGAGUGACUA